UGCACUGGCUUUGGAGAAUAUGUCGCUCCCCAGCCAGGUGGAGUCUUCACGCAUCAGAAUUCUCACAAUGAUCAGCCCAAUUAAAGAAAACAAUCCCAAGAAGAGCAGUGCAUAGAGCGCCAGAAGGGUGACCUUCAGCUCUGCGGCACUCAUGCACUCAAACCUCAAGAUGAUGGACCUCUGUGGGUCAAGAUGACCCAAGCCACUCAUGUCAUCUGACCAGCCAGAAGCCCUGUCUAGAUCCAGGGUUGAAGCUUCUUUUUUCGCUGUUCCAAAGGAUCCAUCUAAACCCAGCGGCUCUGCUGGUGCCGAGAUCCUGGCCCUUGAAAUGAAAGUUGUCUUCCUGUCCAAAACUCUGUCAUAUUGGCAGGAACCAUCCAGCUCUUCGUCCAGUUCUUUGAAUGUAUGAGCCCCUUCACUACUCAUUUCGAAGAUCUAUAACAUGCCCGACUGAUUGUUCUGGCUGCAUCGACCAAAAGCUUCACCACCACCAUCUGCCUAAACCUUGGACAGCCAUUCAAGCGGACAUGCACUCAGGAGGAGCCAUUCAACAUCCAAAGUGAAUUCAACAAUUCACACGGAGUCAAAAAUGGAAUAAGCUUGCUCUGAGGUGAUACCAGAGAUAGCAAGAGUCAAGCUGGAUUCAUAAAAAGACUGUACUUGAAAUCUGAUGAUCGUAAAGAGAGCUGCGCUCAAUAUGAUGGAGGCCAGAAAAACAAGAAACGUCGCAAGCAAUCGAUGUCGCUCUGUUUAGCAAUUCG